AUGCUGCAUCAUGGACUUGCUGAAAUUGCUAAUAAAGAUUCUAUUAUAUCUGAAGUUGGUUGGCCGACUGACGGCGAUAUACAUGGUUUUGCUGCUCCUAGUGUCCAAAAUUUACAAACACUUUUAGAUACUUUUGUUUGUUUAGCUAAUUCAAAAGGUAUUAAAUAUUACUAUUUAGAAGUUUUUGAUGUUCCUUGGAAGGCUGCAGCACUUGGUCCAGUGGAAGGAAGUUGGGGAUUGUUUCAUCCUGAUAGAUCCAUGAAAUCCAUUGUUCUUCCAGAUUGU